CUGGUUUGUUGAAGGCACCUAGGCGUGUAUAAAUACACACAAAAUUGUCCAGGAUAGAACCGCAGUUAGUUACGAUUACUAUUGUUUUUCUUCUCGUACCAUCCUCAAUUAAAAAGAGCCACCCAACGAACGGAGCAUAUAGUAGAGAAGCCGAGAUUCGAAUCCCAUCGGAGGAAGAAAGUACGCAUCGAAAAGCGUUUUGUUCUGGUGGCUGGUCACAGGAAAUUCUGCGUUUCCCGUUCCUGUUGUGCGCUAUUGUGAGACGCCGACGGGAAGCAGAUCGAUCUACUGGCGCCUCCGAUCAACGAAAGCCGAUCUACGGAAGUCAACGCCCAAAAGCAGCAGCACGAUGCCGGAAAGUGGUCCCGUUUAUCAACCGACGACGGUUUCUUACGAAACACGGACGAGUGCCGGUGGCUUGCUUGCCCAAACGACAGCUGCUUCGUCGAUGAAGAUACUCCGUAAACCAACCGCUCAAAUGACAAUUCUGGUCCUAGGAUUGAUAACCUUCGCUAUAGGAAUGGCGUUGAUUGCGAGCGGCUCAGCAGAUUAUUCCGACGCCGAGCAGUAUCCGGAGAUCAAUCCGGAUGGCAAAGUGCAGGAGGAACGAAUUGAUAUCAGUCUUAUUGUAGUUGGCGCUAUCAUGACCGUGCUUUCGCUGUUCCUGCUAGGAUUAUACCUGAAUGUAGCCGAUUGGCGGCGCAGUUGCGUUUGUCCCUGUGCGCUUUCCAAGAAGCAAGGUUUAGCACGACAGCUUCAGGGUACGGCUAGUGGUCAGAUACUAGCCCUUAACCCGAGCACGGAUCCGCUCGUUUCACAUACGCAGUACGCACCGGUUUCAGAAAUUCCAACACGCCAGGACGAUGAAGAGCGACGAAAUCUGAUGCCGGAUAACAAAGAUUCGUGCCUUAGUAGUGCAGAAGAAUCUGAUAGGAUGUUGGAUACCGAUCCCAGAAUUGUGCUGCGACCGAUAGGAAGCGGGACUGCUGGAGAGGAAGCCUAAGUUGGCAACUAGCAAGAAACUAUGCUCUCAUGUCCAGUAAUUAGUGACAGAUGAAAUCACUUCACCCUCCUGAUGGUAAAUAGUUUAAGUUGUGACAUUGGCACUGGUUUUAAUAUCCCUAGGGUUCGACCUUCACCUCUACUGUAUUAAUGCAGCCGAAGCAUUCCAUGUUCUAUGGCCUGUUGAUUCAUUACUUUUUUCUUUGCAUAUUACUAACCGAAAUAGGUUAUUCAUUCAGCUUCACACGCGGGUCGAAUCGCACUAAUGCUAGGAGUAUUUCCUAUUCAAAAGGAGUCGAACCAAGGGAUGUUGCAUAUAAGCAUUUAAUUUGCUAGCUAUGUUUCGUCAGAUGUUUCGUUGAAUCUCUUAAUGUUGCAGAAGGUAAAUUUGAUUUCCGGAUAGGAUAAAUUAUUGAAAUGCUUUUUAAAUGAUAGCCUGACGAUGGCAAAUAAUAAAUAAGUAAAGCUUACAAAAUUCGUCGUUAUAAGCCUAUGCCAGACAGGUUAAAAUGGCAGGAAAACUGAACAUCUGCAUUGCGUUGCCAACUGAACUUAAAACAAACCGUAGGAAUUUUGUCUUUUGUUAUCAUUUGUAACGAAAGAACGAUUAGGACUUUAAUAAUCAUUGGUAGGACAAUGAGUACAGCGUUCAGCACACCUGAUCAGGUAGCGGGGAUUACAUUUAUGUUUUGUACUGCUUGCACGGCGAAGCCUGAGAUGACCCAGGAAAACAAAUGAGGCCGUCCAGAAAUAACGAACCAUUUAAUAAUUAUAAGAAAAAAAAUCUCGAAAUAAAUUCCAUUGAUCCGUUGUAUACUGGAUUUAGAAAA